UUUAUACCGGACUGUAUUUUAGCAAUGAAAUCGAUAUAGUUUAAGAUAAAAUAAAAUGGUUAAUUUAAGUAAAAAUAUUGAAUCAAAUGUGACUUUCACUCAAAGUGCAAUAGCUGGAGGUGUAGCCGGUGCAGUGACGAGAGCUAUCGCUCAGCCACUCGAUGUACUUAAGAUCAGAUUUCAAUUGCAACUAGAACCAAUUAAAAAGGGAUCAAAAUAUAGUUCAAUAUUGCAGGCUAUAUGUUCUAUUAUUAAAGAAGAAGGUUUAUCUACCUUAUGGAGCGGUCAUACUGCAGCACAACUACUAUCAAUGUCAUAUGGUACUGUUCAGUUUUCUUCAUAUGAACAACUAACCCAGAUAUGUAAAGAAACCAACCCGCAUUUCUUCAACACCCAUAAACAUUGGGUGAAUUUUUCUAAUGGAGCAAUUGCUGCAUCUGUAGCCACUGUUUUAUCAUAUCCAUUUGAUACUGUGAGAACACGAUUAAUAGCAGAAGAGAAGACUAAUAAAGCAAAUAGAGGAUUUGUAAAUGCUUUCAUUAAUAUUAUUAGUAAAGAAGGUUCUAGUGCAUUAUACAAGGGUAUAGUUCCAACUCUAGCUCAAAUAGCACCACAUGCAGGCAUUCAAUUUUUUGUUUAUAAACUAUUUACUGAGAAUAUAUUAAAUAAAAUAGAUUACUUUCAAAGACGAUCACACAUUACAUCAGUCAUUGAAUCAUCUAUCAUUGGUAAUUUAUUAGCUGGAGGAAUUGCAGGUGUUGUGUCCAAAACAGCAAUAUAUCCCUUUGAUGUUAUAAAGAAAAGACUUCAAAUACAAGGUUUUCAACAGCAUAGAAAGGUUUUUGGUAGACAAAUGUACUGCAAUGGAACUGUACAUUGUAUAAAAUUGACUAUUUCGGAUGAAGGUUUCUUAGCUCUGUAUAAAGGAUAUGGACCUAGCUUGUUGAAGGCUGUAAUAGUUUCUGCUUUACACUUUGCUGUUUAUGAUGAAAUAAAACAUUUUAUUUUAAAGAAUUAAAACCUGACCAAAUAGGUAUGUAGAAAUGUUAUUUAUUAUUAGCCUAGAUGUUUAAUAAAA